AUGACCCUGACCGUAACACGGAUGCAGCCGCCGCCCACAGCCGACAAAAUCUCUCCGAAACACACAAAACCCGAGCACUCUCAAGCUCAAUCUUUGCUCUUCCGACUUCCUCAUGAGAUCCGCCAUCUCGUCUUCUUGCAAGCUUUGGCUAAGCCGCUCUCUACCACUGUCCUCGACUCCUCUCACGAUGACAGCUUAGAUGUAGAGCCCGCUCUUCUUUCUACCUGCCAUCGCGUCCGCGCCGAGGCACUCCCUCUCUUCUACAGCACCAAUGACUGGGUCGUCAAGACAAGGCGCGUGGGAGGUGAUGCCGGUCGCUUGGAUCCCAUCAGUAAGAGGUUGAUCACAUACCAGUGUAUACCUCGGUGGCCCGAUGCUCUGCCAGACGAUAAGAUCGCUUUGAUCAGAUCCGUCGUGGCCAUUGGCUCCAGAGGUUCAUACGUGGACUUCAAGGGCAAGUGGUGGGAUGGCGAUCGCGCUGCCUUUCGCUUGCAGAAGUCAAAUGGGCUCAUCGGCUAUCGUGUUGAUGAGUUGGACUGCCAUGAUGAAGAGUUGGGUUCACCGAAGCAGCGGAAGGAGAAGGAAGCUUUCUGCAGCAUACAUCUUGUCGAUCUCCUCCAUGCGAGAAUGCGCAUCAAUGCGCAGACCUCUCGCAAUAAGUGGCUCUGGACAAGAGAAAAUCAUCGACAGCCUUUGCACGACUUCUUACGUUUCGACCUCCUUCAUCCUCAUCACAUUCCCACCCAUGCCUAA